AUCCAUGGAAGUUCAUUUCGCGGAAAAGCCAUAAGCAGAAAUUUCCCUUCUCGAUAACCGAAAAAAAAAGCAAAGCCAAAACCUUCAUCUCUCUCUCUYUUAUCUUCCUUCAAAUCGCAGUUUUUCCGAUUACUCACUGCGAUCUAUGGCGUCUGGUUCGGCUGGUCGGCCAAACUCGGCCUCCAAAACGUUUGAUUUUGGUACCGAUGAUAUCCUCUGCUCGUACGAGGACUACGGUAACCAGGACUCUUCCAACGGCAGCCACAGUGAUCUCUCCGUUGCAAAUUCCGGCAAGCAGGAUUUUCACAAAAGUAGAAUGUCUGCUGUCUUUCCUGCUGCUGCCUAUGGUCAACCAGAAGAUUCCAUCAAACAAGAUUUGAUUUCUACUGUUGAGAACAGCAUGAAAAAGUAUUCUGAUAACAUUUUGCGUUUUCUAGAGGGAAUAAGUUCACGCCUAUCACAACUUGAACUGAAUUGCUACAACCUUGAUAAAUCCAUUGGAGAAAUGCGAUCUGACUUAAUUCGUGACCAUGAGGAGUCUGAUUCAAAGCUUAAAUCUCUUGAGAAGCAUAUACAAGAAGUCCACAGGUCUGUGCAGAUUAUUAGAGACAAGCAAGAACUUGCUGAGACUCAAAAAGACCUGGCCAAACUUCAUCUUUUGCAGAAAGAGUCAUCUUCGUCCAGCCAUUCACAUUCAAAUGAUGAGAGAGCUUCACCAGUUGCUUCUGAUCCUAAAAAGAAUGAUAAUCUGUCUGAGAAUAACAAUCAGCAAUUAGCUCUCGCCCUGCCUCAUCAGAUUGUCCCGCAGCAGAAUCCUAUUACACCACCUCCUCCAGCAGCAGCUAUGCCACAGAAUGUGCCCCAACAGCAAUCUUAUUACAUCUCUUCAACCCAAUUGCCAAGUCAACCAACCCAUAUCCAGCAUGCCCAGAGCCAAUAUCAACAAUUUCAAGAUGCUUCUCGGUUGCCAUCACAGAUGACCAAUUCCCAGCUAGGUCAAACGCCGCCACCACAGCAAUUCAAUCAGUAUCAACAACAAUGGACGCCGCCGCAGCCACCUCAACAGGUACAACCACCACAACAACAGCCUUCUAUGCAACCUCAGAUCAGACCACCUCCUACUUCAGUCUAUGCAUCUUAUGCGCUGAAUCAACCGACUUCUAUGCCGGAGACUCUGCCAAACAGCAUGCCUAUGCAAGUGUCAUUUUCAUCCAUUCCUCAGCCAGGUUCGAGUCGUAUGGACGCUUUGCCUUAUGGAUAUUCUGGAAGUGGUGGUACUGUACCUCAGCAGCCUCCUCAAGUCAAAAACGCUUUCGGACCAGCACCGGGUGAGGGGUAUUUACCAUCUGGACCACAAUCUGCACUUUCGUCGGGCGGUGCAUAUAUGAUGUAUGAUAGGGAAAGCGGAAGACCAGCACACCAUCAUCCUCAACCUCAACAAUCACCAGCACAGCAUCCUCCUCAACCUCAACAACCACACUUCAACCAAAGUGGAUAUCCUCCGGCCAAUUCAUCUCUUCAGAUUCCUCAGCACCCAACAGGCUCCGAAGUUAUCGCCAGGAACUUUAUGCGCAACCAAAACCAUCCUUACAGUGAUAUAGUCGAGAAACUGAUGGGCAUGGGUUUCAGGGGUGACCAUGUUGCCAGUGUAAUUCAUCGGAUGGAGGUGAGCGGCCAACCUAUCGACUUCAAUGCCGUUCUAGACGGGUUGAGUAAUUCUGGAGGUCCUCCUCAGAGGGUAUGGUGACAGUAACUUUAGUAGUAGAGAGUCGCCUGCUUGUUGAGGCUCAUAUAGGCCAUGACCAGCCUAGCCAUUGCGUCUUUUUAAUGCAUUGAAUAAAAGACUGGUUUAUGAUUCCACUGUGUUCUCUCUUCUCGUAUGUAUAUGGUUUGGGAGAUAUAAAAAAAAGUUGAUUGUAUUGUAUGUUUUAAGUUUUAAACCUUGUAUCAAUAUCUUCUACCCCUCAGUUUCAAACCUUUUCAGAUGAUUCCCCUCUGAAUGUAGUUUCUACUUUUGCA